AGAUGAAAUCUAGGGUUUCAGUUAAAGGAAAAGGAAAGUUCGUUGUUAUUCUUAAAAAGAUGAUAAAUUCAGGAGGGACAGCCUGGAACAAUGAUUGUUGUGAUAGCUGGUGUGCUAGCGAGUGCGAUACUUACUUUAAAGUAUGUCUAACAGCAUUCCCACGCCCUACCUCGAUAUCUAACUGUAUGUCUGGUGUGCAGACCAGUAGAAAACUGGGUGGAAACACAUUUGCUAAGGACUACAAAGUGGAAAGACCUUUCAACAUAAAAACACAAGAUUUUGGAGUAUUCAUAGAAGCAUGGGAUGGUGACAGCUCGAGUGAUAAAGUUAUCGACAAACACUCUGCGACAAUCACCGCUAUCCCGACCUACAAUGGUACAGUUAUAACAUCCAAUACCAUCAGCCUGACAGGUAGGAGGAAUGCAAGUAAGACAACAUUAGAAAUUCAAUACCAGUUAUACUGUGAUCGAUUUUACUAUGGUCCUACAUGUGGUAUUUAUUGUAAAUACAGUGACGACAUUAAUGGCCACUACUUUUGCAAUGAUAACGGUACUAAGGUGUGCUUGGAAAACUGGUAUGGGAACAACUGCACGUUAUGGUGUUUCCCGAGGAAUAGUUCGUCUGAUGAGCAUUAUUCAUGCCUUAGUAAUAGUAGCAUCAAGUGUGACCCGGGAUGGUAUGGAAAAAAUUGCACAACAUACUGCUGGCCAAAGAAUAAUCAAUAUAGCAAUUAUAGCUGUGACAACAAUGGAACAAAGAUUUGCGCUGCUUUCUGGUAUGGUACAAUGUGCAACGCGUUUUGUAAGCCUGGCGGUGUUGGGCAUUAUCGCUGUGAUAAUGCUACGGGUACAAAGGUGUGCCACGAGGAUUGGUAUGGGGCCUCUUGUACAUCAUAUUGCGUUGCCACAAAUAAUGACUCUACUGGUCACUACAGUUGUGAUCCUGGUAAUGGUACAAAGGUGUGUCACAAGGAUUGGUAUGGUGCGAAUUGUAAUUUAUCCUGUUCAUCCAAUCAGUCGCUCCACCAGAUUUCUUGUAAUUCGACGGAUACAAUAAAGAGCUGUGCAAAAUUUGCUGUCAUGUGUGGUAAUAGCCUGGUUUCUACAACUCCUAUGCCAACCUCAAGUAUCAUUCCGAAGACGAAUUUUUCUGUGUUUACUACAAAGUUAAUAAACUUGUCAGUAUUAAUAUCUAUGUCUACGAUAGUAAACACGCGGCCUACAAUAAGCAAUGUAUCAAGCACUCUUUACGUGCAACCAACCAUGACAGCGUUAAAUGAAUCCACUGAUAUGAAUACGACAAAGAGCACGGGGAAGCAAACAAGGCAAAGUGAGGCUUGGAAGUACGUAUCAGUCUCACUGGGAAUUGUUGCGUUCUUGGUUAUCACCACCGUUAUGCUUAUCAAGUUUAUGCGUGCAAGGAUAAGAAGACGUAUAGGUAUGUGUGAUCAAGAUGAAAAGAAAGAAGAGCCUCCUCAUCUUGAAGAUAGUUAUGCAGUUACACUGAAACAAGUAAGGGGACAAAGAAUGAGUAUACAAUCAAAAGAUGGGUUUACCAUUCCACCAGAGACACCUGAAUGUUUUCAAAUCAAAGAUCCAUCCACGAGGCUGCUCCCUGAAGAUAGCUCCCUAAAUCGUGGAAUUAAUUAAUAUGAAAAUAACAAAUAUUAAUUUUACUAUUUUUAAUUAAUAGUAGUAGUGCAUAUGUAUGYACUUUUAUCACWCAAAAAUGUAAAGAAUGUGAUGACGCCAUAAGAAGGUAAAAAACKUGGGAGGGGUUGGAAAGAAAAGCCACGUUGUUGGGGAGGGGUGGUAAGGGAAGAUUAUGAAUUCAAAUUCCCCUUACCACCCCUCUUCCAAAACCAAAACCAAAACAUCCUCUUACCACCCCUCCUUAACAACGUAGCUUUACUUUCCCACCCCUCCCAAUCAAUUUUACCAUCUUAUAAGGUCAUCACAUUCUUUAUAUUUGUGUGUAAAAAAAAACAUUGAAGACAGUGAACCUCCGGUUUGAAAGAAAUAUAUAAAUAUGUACAUAAUGGUAUUUGACGAUGAUUAGAUUAUAUCCCAUCAAAAACAUUAGACAAAAUACAAACAAAUAAAAAACUUAAAAAAGGCAUGCAGCUUAAUUUCAUUGAGGAAUCAAGGCAAAAACGCCUUUAAGGUAAAGUAACACCAAUACUAUUAUUAUGUAAUAACAUACGAUAGAUGAACAAAGAACAAAGUUAAAUUGUGAGUAAAAUGCUUUAGAGGCUCUUUUUCUGCCUUUAUUUUACUCUAUUAAAAAAAAACAACAAACAAAAAACAAACAAACAAACAAACAAAUAAAAAAACAAAAAAACAAAAUCGAAGAAGAUCGAACUUAAUUGUCGAAGUUUAGUUUGUAAAAUAUAACCUAUGCAGGAUCAACUUUAGCGCGUGCUUUACUGGGGUUCAUAGCACGCAAGUUCUAGACUAACUCUUUCUCUGCCUUUAUUUUACUCCAUUUAAUUGAAAAUUCAAAGAAGAUCUAACUUAAUUGUCGAAGUUUAGUUUGCAAAUUAUAGCCAUGCAGGAUAAACGAUAGCGCGUGCUUUAUCAAAGCAUAUAGCACGCAUGCUCUUUCCUAUUUCGUCAUUCGUAUAAAACGAGAUUAAAACUGACUAUUUUGAUGUAUUAUUAUAUGUUAAUUUUCGUUUCGUCACAUGGUUACGUAACCGA